GAAACAGAAGCGAGCAAGGCGGAAGUAGUGAAAAACAAUCUUACUGUCUUCUCGUCCGGUGCCGGAGCGUUUUCAACGAGCUUGUCUGCAUCAAACACGCGUGUUGUGAAUCCCACGACGCCGAAACAUGGAUAGAUAGUGUUUGUUUCGUCGGAGUUACGGACCGGGUCCCCCACACAGAGAGGUUUGGCUUAUCACCUGGCUGCUCAGGUUGGACUGUCACGCAGGGAUUCAACACCCAUAAAGACAAGACACGAGAGUUUGGCCUCCUGUCAAAGUCCAGAGCCCCGCACUGUGGCCAUCAGGAUGGCUAACAGCACCGCUGCCCCGGGGAAGGCUCUCGGGACCCCUGGCCCUGCUGGCAGAAGUAGCCCCGAAGGAUCUCAGGUGCUCAGUAAAAAGAAGCUGCAGGACCUGGUGAGAGAGAUCGACCCAAAUGAGCAGCUGGAUGAGGAUGUGGAAGAGAUGUUGCUGCAAAUUGCAGAUGACUUUAUAGAGAGUGUAGUGACGGCUGCAUGUCAACUGGCACGCCAUCGCAAAUCCAACACCUUGGAAGUGAAGGAUGUCCAAUUACAUCUUGAGCGCCAGUGGAACAUGUGGAUCCCUGGUUAUGGUUCAGAUGAGAUCCGGCCGUUUAAGAAGGCUUGCACCACAGAGGCCCACAAACAGAGAAUGGCGCUGAUCCGCAAGACAACCAAAAAGUAGCAAGACUCUACACUAAUCUGUUGUACCAGCCCUUUGUGUUUUUUCUCUCGUUUUCAACUGGGAGUUGUAUUACUGAAGAUGAAGGAGAUGGUUGGGAUUGGAAUAUGGAAAUGGGUGGACGACCGGGUAUAUUUUUGACAGUGCAUAGUGUUGGUUUUUACCCAACUCUCCCCUAAAUUUUUUGGUGUUUUGCCAGCACCGUCACACAAUAAUCUAAUUUUUCUGUUCUUUUUUUUUUUCCAUUUUCUUGUCAUUCUACUUUGAAUGGGGAAAAACUAUUCAUUGUUAUUCUUAUUAUUUUCCCCAUUAAAUAUUUAUGGGGGUAUGUUUUUGGAUUGUGACCACUGUUGUUUCCACUAUGCCUUUUGAUAUUCUGGACUAUAUGGAUGCCAAUGUUAUUGAUUGUCCUGUCCCCCUAAAAUAUCUUAUCUUUGGAAUUAUCUCGCCAACAAUAGAUAAUCACAAAUAUUUGUAACCUAAGUGUAAGAAAGAUUGUGGCUAUUGUGUCCACUCUGUCACUAAAGUUAUUGGAUGCUGUUGGUUAUAAUUGUUUUGUAAAGGGGUUGCGCUACCAAAUUCAGACUGUAAAAGUUAGCCACAAAUAUACACAUGUUUUUUGCUUUUUUGUUAGGCAUGUACUCGCUGUUGUGUAUUAAGUGUUUCUGAAUGUAGUUUUACCACAUAAACAGACAUGUUUUUUUUUUUUCCCUCAACCAGCACCACAAAUGCAUACUUUUGCUUUUAUUUGUAUCCAAAUAAUGGAGAAUAAUGGAUCCCUGAUGUUGAUUUCUCCUGAGAUGUCGGAUGAAAAAUAAAUGGCUGUUAAUAUUCAA